AUGGAAAAGGCGAGCAGCUGGCGCGACCUGCCAUCGUCGCUGCUCGGCGGGGGCCGCUCGCGCCUCAUCCGCAUCGCUGCCUUUGCCUGCCUCUGCCUCGUGCUUACCUUCCUCUACAGCAGCGUCAGCCGCGCCAGCUCCGGCGCCGGUACCUUUGGCGGGCGGCACAAAACAUACACUGGGCCGACAUCCAAGGCCGGAGUGGCGCGGCCAUCGUCGGCAGAGCGACGGCUCAUGGACGCUGCAGGCAAUGCGACGCUCGGCUUCGGCUCGAUCCAGUUCAUCAACCUACCGCUGCGGUUCGACCGGCUCGACGCGGCGACGCUGCAGGCGUGGCUGUCGGGUAUCGACAUGACCGAGGUGCGCGGCGUCUUGGCGGACGAGAUCAAUGACGUGGGCAUGCCCCCGGAGCACCUGACGCGCGUGAAGAAGGGGGAGAAGGGCUGCUGGCGAGCCCAUGCUAACAUCUGGAGCCAGAUGCUCCGCGACAAGACCCCCGCGGUCCUCGUGCUCGAGUCCGACGCCGCCUGGGACGUCGAGGUGCGCGACAUCAUGCGCAACCUCAACCAGCACUUCACCUAUCUCCUCGACGCGCUGCAGUCCAAAACCCUGCGCAACCCCUCCUUCCGCGACCGCGGCGAGUCCGGCGGUCACCCGCUCGCGCUCUCCCCCAACGACCCGUGGCACAGCACACACUGGGACCUGCUCUCCCUGGGCCAGUGCUCCGAGGACCCCGCGCACAAGGACGAGGCCCUGCGCUACCCGGACGAGCACGUCGCGCCCGGCUCCGAUUACUGGGGCGCCGAGCUCGGCGCCGAGCGCGUAGUCCGGCGCUCCGGCGGGCCCGUCUGCACCACCGCCUACGCCGUCUCGCAGACCGGCGCCGCCAAGCUGCUGCUGCGCACCGCCGUCGACCUCGACAACCCCGUCGACCUGGUCAUGCGCCGCAUGACCAUGUCCGGCGACCUCGUCGCGUACAGCGUCGCGCCCACCGUCUUUGGCCAGUGGGAGUACGUCGACGGCAUCGGCAUGCACGAGCGCGGGGCCAACUCGGACAUCCACGGCGGCAACAGCGACGGCGAGCGCAACAUGACGGGCUGGGACGAGGUCAAGCGCACGGGGAGCAUCUGGCGGAGCAGGCAAGACCACGCCAACGUCGUCUCCUUCAAGGACAUGGCGCUGCAGAGGGCCUGGGGCCUGAUACUGGGCGAGUCGCCUCUGGAGGCGAGCCAGUUCAGCGAGGCGGCCGGCAACUGA